AUGCCGUCGCCGUACAUGAGCCUGCCGGCACACGUGCGCGACUCGCUCGAGCUCGCGUCGUUGGCCAGCUCCAGCCAGCUGGACGAAGCCGCCGCUUCCGACAGCGAGGCCGAAGCCUCUUCGCGCCAGAGCCUCUCGUCCUCGUCCUCUUCGCACAAGAUGUCGCCUGAGCGCAACGAUCGCGGCGCAUCGGCUUCCACCACGGUCCCGACCUCUGGCAGACGCAACCGCAAUCUUUCCGUGUCGUCCAGCUUCGACCUCGCCGCCAAUCUGUUCCCGCUCUCGUCCUCAGCUGCCGGCAUCGGUGGCGGCUACGCGCCUAUCGGCAUGUCUGCGUCGGCCUCAUCGGCUGGCCAUGCGCGCGGUGGCCUCGGCGGUCUUGGCAGCGGUGGCGGCAGCGGUGGCGGGCUUCUGGGCGCUGGAUCGCUGGAGCGCCACAAAACGCUCACCUUCCUAAACGGGCUAUCGCUUGUCAUCGGCAUCAUCAUCGGUUCCGGCAUCUUCUCCUCGCCCAGUCUCGUCAACACCAACGUCGGCUCGCCCGGUGCUGCCCUUAUCGUCUGGGUCAUCGCCGGCGUGCUCGCCUGGACCGGCGCCAGCAGCUAUGCUGAACUCGGCGGCGCUAUCCCCCUCAACGGCGGCUCCCAGGCUUAUCUCGCCAAGAUUCUAGGCGAGCUCUUCGGCUUCCUCUUCACCUGGGUCGCCGUGCUCGUCCUCAAGCCCGGCGGCGCUGCCAUCAUCGCCAUCAUCAUGGGCGAGUACCUUGUCCGUGCCGUCGUCGGCGCGGAGGCCCAGGCCACCAGUCCCUGGAUCAACAAGUCUGUUGCCCUUCUCGGCCUCCUCCUCGUCACCUUUAUGAACUGCGUCUCCACCCGUCUUGGCACCCGUGUCAACGACGGACUCAUGUUCCUCAAGUUUGUAGCCCUCCUCGGCGUCACCGUCACCGGCAUCGUCGUCGCUGCCACCGGCUACUCCUACUCCGGCCAUCCCGAUAUCGAAUGGAAGACGCACAAGUGGUUUGCCGACACCAAGCUCGAUGCGUCAGCCUGGGCCCUCGCCCUCUAUGCUGGCCUCUGGGCCUACGAUGGCUGGGACAACACCAACUAUGUCGUCGGCGAGUUUCGCAAUCCCCGCCGUGAUCUUCCUCGCGUCAUCCAUACCGCCAUGCCACUCGUCAUCAUCUCCUACGUCCUGGCCAAUGUAGCCUAUUUCCUCGUCCUGUCGCUGGACGCCAUCAACUCCACCAACACUGUGGCUGUCGUGUUUGGCGCAAAGGUCUUUGGCCCGGCCGGUUCCCUCGUCUUUGCUCUCAUCGUCAGUGCCUCCUGCUUCGGUGCCCUCAACAGCUCUUCUUUCACAAGCAGUCGGCUCGUCUACGUCGCCGGUCGCGAGGGCUACUUUCCCGCCAUCUUUGGCCGCAUCGGCCUUGCCGGCGCCUCUGCCGGCGCCAUCGGUGGUGGCCGCAUGCAGCAGCCGCCGUCGCGACUGGACGCAUCUCAGGGUUGCGGUAGCUGGCUCCGGACCCGGCUGGAGCGUCUUCUUGCCGACGAGGACACCGGUCUCUUCUUCACACCCAUCUACGCACUCGUGCUCAACUGCGUACUCACCAGCAUCUACGUCAUGGUUGGCGAGUUCGGUACCCUGCUGACCUUUUACGGCGUUGCCGGCUACACCUUUUACUUCCUCACCGUCCUCAGCCUCAUCAUCCUGCGCGUCAAAGAGCCCGACCUAGAGCGGCCCUACAAGGCCUGGAUCUCCACGCCCAUAAUCUUCUGUUGUGUUAGCCUGUUCCUGUUGAGUCGUGCCGUCUUUGCCCAGCCACUGCAGACGGUCAUCGUCAUCGCCUUUACCGUCGCCGGCAUACCCGUCUACUUCUGGCGCUUCCGCAAGCAGAGCCACGGCAUCAAGCGCGAGCUGAGCCACGGUGACAGCGACUCGGCAUCGUCACAUCCAUGGUGGCAGUUCUGGAAGAACUGGCGGCAGUGA